AUGGCUGGACAUAGAAACACAUUGAAACACGACCAUAAGCCGUUUAAGUCCAAGCAUGCCAGUAAAGGAAAAUUAAAAAACCAGUACAAGGGAAAGGUCGAAAAGACCAGUGGUGCCAAAUCAAACCUGACCAAACCAGUUAGUAAGAUUGAAAGGAAGAACAUUGCUAAACAAUUGAAGGAACAAAAGAUUCUCGAAAGCAAACUUACCAGAAAAUUGUUUGAAGGUAACCAAGGAGCCGAAAAGAUUAUUACUGUCGUUUCCUUAACUUCUGAUAUACCACCAGUUGACAUUGCCAAUAGAUUGUUCAACCAAGAUGGAGCCAACAUACAGUUUGCCUAUCCUUCUGUCAACUCUAUGCAUGUUUCCCGUUUCAAGUCAAACUUGAAAGUCAUUAUUCCUAAUCAAGAUAAUUUCUUGCAUAUCUUGGAUGCAGCAAAAGUUUCCGAUUUUGUGAUUUUUGGUAUAAGUGCCAACCAAGAAGUUGAAAAGGAAUAUGGGGAACAAAUAUUAAGAAGUUUGAUUGCCCAAGGUAUUGCCUCAGUCAUUGGUGUUGUUCCCAAUAUCGUACAAGCAUAUCCAAAGAGAAACUUACAAUUGGAUGUGAAACAAUCUUUACAAUCGUACUUUAACCACUUUUUCAGUGCCAACGAAGAGAAAUUGUUCCUGAUUGAGAACGAAUCAGAUAACGCCAACUGUUUAAGAACUAUAUGUCAGAAAUUCCCUAAGGGUGUCACCUGGAGAGAUUCUCGUGGUUGGUUAGUUGCCGAUUCUGUGAGUGCCAGCGACGAGCACUUGGUUGUGGAAGGUACUGUUCGUGGGGUAGGAUUCAACGCUAAUAGAUUAGUUCAUAUUCCAGGAUACGGGGACUUCCAAAUCGACAGAUUGGAAAAGAUCAGAGGAAGAAAGAGGGCAACCAUGGAUGUAGAUGAUGUCGUUGAUAGUUACCACCCAGAUGAGAACCAAGAAACCUUGGACGAAAUAUAUCCUGAAGAAGUAGACAUGGAGGCUGACGACUACGAUGAUUUUGACUGGGAAGGAGAAAAUAACAACCUUGGUGUUCGUACUGAAGGAAGAAUCUAUUUCGACGAUGAUGGUGUUAAAAGACCAAUGGAAAAGAGGAGAUUACCUAAAGGUACUUCAGAAUACCAAAGUAGGUGGCUUGUGGAUGAUGUUUUGGAAAACGCUUCUGACUUGGAAGACGAAGAUGAAAUCCAACAAGACGUCCUUGAAAUAGAUGAAGAACCAAUGGAAGCUACUGCUACUGAAUACGCUACUACCGAAGUAGGCGAUGCCACUGAUAUGCAUGUUGAUUUAUCACCAGAAGAAGAAACCCGUCAACUUGAAGAAUUCAGAGCAUUAGAAAAGGAUGACUUAGACUUCCCAGAUGAAUUAGAAUUACACCCUAACGAAUCCGCCAAAGAAAGAUUAGCCGGAUACCGAGGAGUCAAGUCAUUAGGUAAUUGUAACUGGGAUGUUGAUGAAAACGAUAUUGAAGCUCCAAGUAUUUGGAACAGAUUAUUACGAAUCUCCAACUAUAAAGCCACCAAGAACAGAAUCAGCAAGGAAUAUAUUAAACAGACCGAAGUCACCGGUGGUAACAAAGUCAGAAUCUAUGUCCGUGCUCCAGUACAGUUGAUCCUUGAGCGUGUCAACCCUGCUGUCCAGCCAUUCACCAUUUAUGAAUUAUUAGAACACGAACAUAAAUUAGCAGUAUGUAACUUUACAUUUGAAAGUUGGGAAGAUUAUGAAAAGCCAAUUCCAUCUCGUGAAUCAAUCAUUGUUCAAUACGGUCCUAGAAGACAAAUAAUUGAACCUACAUUCAACCAGGCAUCCAACAACCCUAAUAAUGUCCACAAAUCAGAAAACUUUGCCCAUUUGGGCGCAACCGUGAUAUGUACCGCCAUAACACCAGUCCUUUUCAACCAAGCUCCCGUAAUUUACUUUAAACCAAGUGGAAAUAAUAUUGAAUUUAUAGGUCAAGGUACAUUCUUGAACUGUGACCACACAAGAAUCAUUGCCCAAAGAGCAGUGCUUACUGGUCAUCCAGUCAAGAUCCACAAGAGAGUCGUCACUGUGCGUUACAUGUUCUUCAACCCUGAAGAUAUCAACUAUUUCAAGGCAAUUUCCUUAUUUACAAAAUCAGGAAGAACCGGGUUUAUCAAAGAGAGUCUUGGUACUCAUGGUUAUUUCAAGGCUAACUUUGAUGGUAAAUUAACAUCGCAAGAUGUUGUCGCCAUGAGCUUGUAUAAGAGAUUAUGGCCUACAAUUUCCUCAGCAUGGACCGAGUAG